GCCGCCAUCCAUACUCAAGGCAUGCCUUACCUACUAUUUAACAUUUGUUUAUUUAUUUUAUUUAAUUUCCACCAUUUCCUUCCCACUUCUCUUUUCCUUCUCUUCAUCUUCCAGAAAUUCUCCAUAUAAGAAAAAGCAUCAUCCUUUUUUAUCCCUAUCCCAAUCCCAAUCCAAAUUCCAAAAUCCUUUCUUUUCUUUCCUGUUUUGGUUUCCUUUCCCAUGAAAAAUUCUCAAGAGAAUCCAAUCUUCAUGCAAGCAGAAGUUGAAGAUGGAGGAGUUUGGGGUAAAGGGUGUGGUUGUUUUAAUCUCUUCUGCCUCAAACGGCGCCGAUCAUACAACCACAUCGAUGAAUCCGAUACCUUACUGCACCAGAGAGGUGAACAACACACGGAGGAAUGGUGGAAAUGCAAACUGAAUAAACUGAAACAAUUCUCGGAGAAAGUAGCAGGGCCAAAGUGGAAGAACUUUAUGAGAAAGAUGGGUGGAUAUUGCGAUAAGCGGAAAGAUCAAAAGAACAGGUUUCAAUAUGAUCCUUGUAGCUAUGCUCUCAACUUCGAUGAAGGCGAUGAUAAAGAAGCAGAUGAUUUGCUUCGUGGUUUCUCUUCCAGGUUUACUGCUCCAUUUGAACAUGAUAGGCAACGAGUCCCCUCAGGAUUGUAAAAUAAUUAUACGGAUUCAACAUGUCUGCAAAUUGUUUUACGUUUAUUCUAUGUUCUUUUAGAAUCCAUGUUUAAGUACAGUAAUAUUCUUUUGUUUCUUGCAAUCCUAGGAACCUGUUUGAUGCAUAUUUGAUUUCAAGGAAAUGGGUAUAUUAUAAUGUCAAUUAAUUGGUAAAAA